AUGGCGUCCUGUCAGUACAUCGACUCGAUCAUCCUUUUUGGAGACAGUAUCACGCAGGCAUGGAGCGCCGGCUCGCUCGCCCAGCGCAUGAACGAGUACUACCUCCGGCGCCUUGACGUGAUCAACCGUGGCUUUGGGGGGUACAACACGGACAAUGCGCUUCCGGCGUUCGAGAGUGUCUUUGCGACGCGCGACGAGCGGGAGGCCGGCCGCGCCCAGGCCGCCCGCCUGAUCACCAUCUGGUUUGGUGCGAAUGACGCCGUUGUCGAGGGCGGAUGGCAAUACGUCCCCCUCGACCGAUUCAAGGCCAACCUCGAGACGCUAGUCGAGCGUGUUCGUAACCCCGACUCGAGGUGGUUUUCUCCGCAGACAAGAAUCGUGCUCAUGGCAUGCCCGCCUGUGGUUGUGGAGGACCGUCACGCAGCACAGAUUGCAAAGUGGAAGGAGUUUGGGAGCCAGGGAAAGCAUCCCUGGCCUGACCGUAACCCCGAGAACACUAAGAAAUAUGCGAUGGCCGCUGUCGAGGUUGGGAAGAAGCUUGGUGUGCCGACCCUCGACGUUUAUCAUGCCCUCUGCGAUGCGGCGGGCAGUGAGGAACAGGAUGAACUCGCGCGAUUCCUUUACGAUGGGCUGCACCUCAACUCGGAGGGGUAUGAGGUCGUGUUCGAGGGCCUCAAGAAGUUGAUCCUUGACCAGUGGCCCGAAAUGGACCCCGAGACACUGCCUAUGCCCAUGCCCUACUGGGCCGACAUUGACAGAGCCAACCCCGAUACGUCGUUUACGACGGCCCUCGCCGACGCAAGGGCGUAUGAGGCCAAGAAGAUUGAGCGGCCCAAGGACGAGCUGUAG